GAGAUCAAUACCCAGCCAGGAGAUCAAUACCCAGCCAGGAGAUCAAUACCCAGCCAGGAGAUCAAUAAUCUUUCAGUAGAUCAAUACCCAGCAGGAGAUCAAUACCCAGCCAGGAGAUCAAUAAUCUUUCAGUAGAUGAAUACCCAGCAGGAGAUCAAUAACCUAUUAGACGAUUAAUACCCUGCCAAAAGAGCAAUAAUCUUUCAGGCGAGUUCAAUAACCUGCCAGGAGACCAGUACUCUAUCUGGGGAGCAAUACCUGUCCAGGAGAUCAAUAAUGGAGCCAGAGAUCGAUAUAGGGGAUCAGUGACCUGUGUGCUGGGUGUGCACUCACACUGAAUGACUGGAGCUGUCACUGUACUUGUUAUCUCACAACAAGAGUAAAAGGAGAGGAAUCCAGUGAAGGAGGGAGAGGAUCUCUGCAUGCAGCUAAUGUCUGGAUAAGAUUUCUUGGAUCUGUGACACCAGCCCCCCCAUUGAGCCCUGGAGAUGCCAGGGAAUGGGCACUGCCGCCCCAGCAGCUAUGCCGGCUACCAGUCCCAGAAGCAAUGUAAGAACACUUCAUUCGCAUUCUACCAGGCGGUGAGGGACCAGCUGCCGGUGUGGGUGCUGGAGGACAUGCGGAUUAUGGAGGUGUUGCACUGGGAGGAGGGUGGCAAGGUGAGUGCCUACUCGCCCUCCGAGGCUCUGCUCUAUGCUCUGGUCCACGACCACCAGCCCUAUGCCCGGUACCUGCUGAACCAGUACCCCCAGGACGCCCUGGCCAUGCCCAGCAAGAACUUCAGCUGCUGCCAGUCAAGCGCCCCCCAUCUCACCAUGGCUGUACGGUACGACCGGCUGGAGAUCCUCCGCGGGAUCCUGCACACCUUGCGGGGCUUCCCUGCCAGCCACCGGUCUGCUUACAUCAACCGCAGGGGGUGCCAGAGGGUGGAGGGGGGCAAGACCCCGCUACACCUGGCCUGUGAGCUGCUCAGAGCUGAGUGCAUCGUCCUGCUGCUGGGGCAUGGUGCCUGCCUCUGGGGGCCGGACAGCUGCGGGUAUACUCCCCUGGACAUCCUGCUCCAGCUCAUCAGGAGGGGGGAGCAGGACCUGGGGCUCAAACUGCAGUGUCUGGACUGCCUGCUGCUCUACCUGCCCCCUGGGCUGCCCUUUAAACUCAGGGACCAGCUGCUGGAGGAAGAGGGGCUCUGGCAGGGGCUCAUAGGGCUGGACUUGUACAGAUGGCUCAUAGGUACCUCCCCUCCCUCCCUAUUUACCCUGUCCAUGCAAAAAGUCCUCAGGAGCCUCCCCCCAGACAGAUUCCCUGAUGCUCUGGAAGCCCUGCCUCUCCCUGAUUUCCUCAAACCACUGACCCUCAUAAAGAAAAAAGUGUAGAAAGGACUGUGCCUGUACUGAAUGCUGCUAUAAGGAUGGACAUAUUACAUUGAAAUCUCAGAGAGCCACUGCUUGUGGAAUGAUAGAAUCGCACUGGGAAAGGUUUCCACUUUAGGAUUAUGGAAACAGCAAGAAGGGGAGAGGGGUACCUAGGGAUCAUUUAUAAAGAGUAUUAGAUGGGCUACGAUCACCAUGGAAACCAAUAGUUUAUUGCCACUGACUGCAACAUAUUUAUUACUUUUGUCGGGCAACCAAUAUCUUAUAUAAAUCAUGCACCCCUUUUAUAUGAAUCAGAAGUCAGGAGCAAUCAAAAAUACCAACAGGGCUAGUCGCUAAACUGAGAGUCUAGAGCAAUUUUCAUUUCAAAGGCCAAAAUAGCAAUAUUGGAAGAAUUCCCCAAAUCAGCUAUACUUCCAGUUCGGCUACUUUGGUCUAAAAUAUGAAAUUCACACUAUAAAGUCUAAAGAACAGGGCUGAAAAUUGUAAGUCCUGUUUUAGGAGCCAGGCCUUAAAAGUUGCUCACCACUGCAAGCCUUAACGUAGCAUGGCACGCUCUUGAGGGGUUAAUUUCUACUCGCCAGGGCUAAAUUUUCACUAGCCAAUGGCAAGUGGCGAAUGAAAACGUUGAGCCCUGCUAUGAUUUUUCCUGAUCUCCCAAAACACUGCCUGCUAGGCUAGCAGAGAACCCAUUCAUCUGAUAAUAGAAAGAUGGCAGAGUAGAAAGAUAGGUUUUGGUAAAUAUAGUCCCCAAAUAGGUUUUCCUCAGGGAGCCUCCGUGCAAGUAAACAUGGUACAAUAGGAGUAAUUGCAAAAUAAAAAUCCAUUGCCCUUUAAAUGGUAGUGCAUUCUUGUUGCCUUAAGGUAGGGUGUGAUUGUACAUUCUUUGUCUAUCCAUCGAUGACACAAGUGAUGAUUGAUCUAACCUUUACAUCUUCCAUUAACUGUUGAUCCACUAUUUCAGGCAUAGGCAACCUUCAGCACUCCAGAUGU